CCGCCGCCUUUCUGGCUCCUCUCUCCCUCCGUACUGGACUCCGGUGCAUUUCCGGCCCGGGAGAGUCCGCGGUCCACCCGGGCCAGCCCGCGGGGUGGGCGUGCGCCGAGGUCACCGCGCGCCCGAGGCUCAGCGGCCGCCAUGGCCGACGUGAGUGUGGAUCAAUCCAAGUUGCCGGGCGUGAAGGAAGUGUGUAGAGAUUUUGCCGUCCUGGAGGACCACACCCUGGCCCAUAGCCUGCAGGAACAAGAGAUUGAGCAUCAUUUGGCAUCCAACAUUCAAAGGAACCGUCUGGUACAACAUGAUCUGCAGGUUGCUAAGCAGCUCCAAGAGGAAGACCUCAAAGCCCAAGCUCAGCUCCAGAAGCGCUACAAAGCCCUUGAACAACAUGAUUGUGAAAUUGCUCAGGAAAUCCAGGAGAAGCUAACCAUUGAGGCUGAGAGACGACGCAUUCAGGAGAAGAAGGAUGAGGACAUAGCACGUCUUUUGCAAGAGAAGGAACUACAGGAAGAGAAAAAGAGGAAGAAACACACUCCAGAGUUUUCCGGGGGAAAUGCUUUUGGAGAUAACUACUAUUGUGAGGAUGGAGACCAGUCAAGGUCAAGGAGGGACAGGGAACUGGGUUCUGGACACUCAAAGUUUUGUAGACUCCAAAACGAUGGGAAGACUGUAAGGCAGAAGGAGAAACCAAGGCAUCAGCAGGAGAACUUGGAAGAUCUGGAAGAAUGCCAUCCAUCAGAGAGAUCCCUGCCUUCUGCUAGCUGGAGCAGAGGGAGGGAGGAUUCCCAGACUGCCUGUGAGCAGCAGGAAAGAAAGCGAUCUCUUCAGGAGAGGCUCCGGAAAUCUCCACUUCCCAAGAUCAGCGGGGAGGUAUUUCUGAGCACUGACUCUGAAGACUGGGAAGCUGACUGUAGCCCUGGAACUCGGAGUCGGGAAAAGCAGUCUCAUCACCGUGGCAGACUUUCACCCAAGUCUUCACAGAAAACAGGACUUCCCUAUAAGGAAAUUGUAUAUGGGAGGGACCCUGGGCAAGGUGACCACAGAGAAAGGAGACAUAGGCCCAGGACUUCUCCCUUCUCAGAAGAUAAAGAACUUCGCUAUCACCAUGUUGCAGGAAUGAAACCAAGAGGAAUAAAAGAAGCUGUCUCUACUCCAGCACGAGUGAGCCACAGGGACCAGGAGUGGUAUGAUGCUGAAAUUGCCCGGAAAUUGCAAGAGGAAGAACUUUUGGCUACUCAUGUGGACUUGAGAGCAGCUCAGGUUGCCCAGGAUGAGGAAAUUGCUCGACUUCUAAUGGCUGAGGAAAAAAAAGCUUACAAGAAAGCCAGAGAGCGAGAAAAGUCAUCUUUGGACAAAAGGAAACAUGACUCUGAGUGCAAGUCAAAAGCAAAGUCAGCCCACUCAAAGUCAAAAGAGGGUGAUGAAACUCACCGUUCCAAGAUUGACAGACCAUCACGACCACCACCACCUACCAUGAUGGGCCCUGAGGAUAUGGACCCCACCCAUUUUCCAAACCAGCAUAGUACUACACGUCAUUUUCCAAAGUCAGAGUCCUCCCAGAAAGGCUUCCAUAAUAAGCAGUAAAAUAAAACAAACAAACAAAAAGGGAUCUGCCUCGAAAAUGGACUUCUUAUAGCACAUAUUACUGAAAGAUACAACAUGCAUUCCACGUUGACCGUUGUCCUUCUGUGUGCCAUUGCUGGGAGUUACUCACAAGUGUUUUCUUAACUAAAAAAGUACUUCACUUCAUUUUAAAAUUUUGGUUAUUUUUGGUCACUUUGGCAGUGUAAGAAAAUGUAGCUUCUGAAUAUUGGCCAUCACUUCUGUGGAUAUAUUUCCUGGGAUGUAAUAAUUCUAUAAAAUGACAGUAGCUAGUUAUAGGAUAUUGGCAUCUAGGGAAAUGAGUUUAUUUAGCAAUUAGAAGUGUACAGGGAUUCAUUAUCAAGUAAAGCAUAACAUUUGGAUGCAAUGAAGUAUUAAGAAAGUAUAUGGAAUUGCUGCUUUGCUGUUUAUUAUGAUAUUUUGAAAGAUACAGCUUUUGUUUUUUAUCCUUUUCAGAAAAAGUAAAACCACAACAAUAAAGUAUAGGGAAAAUACCCAGAGUAGUGGAGGUCUGUUUUUGUGACUAAAUGGAUUGGUAGAGGCUCUGGAUGGCCAUGUAACCCUCACUCGUGUACUGCGUGUACUGCUGUUUCCUCAGGACCAAGUCUUUUUGAUGCCAUUAGGCAAUGAAUCAUGUGUUAAUUUGUAUAGACCUUAAUUGUCUGAUAUUUUCUCUCAGGUCCAUGAGGCGUCAACUCAAAAUUAAAGAACAAACAGCCUUGCAUUGCCUUGCUUGUCUAACUUCAUUAUAGAGCCAAAGGACUAGAACAGUUUCCAUAGGACUUGGUAUCAUUGUCCACCUAGCUGUGCACAUCCAGCCUCUUGCUCCCAGGAUAUAGCAGUUUUGGUUGGCAACCUUGCAGUGAUGUCUUAUGUACCUUUAAUAUUAGAUUAAUUUUCAGUGUGAAGCUGAACGUGAUGAAGUAAGUCACUAUCCAGGUGUAUACAUCUAUGCUGAUGGUCAUGUAUUCUCUCUGUAAGACCUUUAAACUCCUCUGUAAAAUGUUGUGUAUUCAUCCAUACCACUUACUUAAUAUCAAUGGCAGCCAUGCUGAACCUAUAUAUGAUUGCCAUUUUCCCAGCUUGACUUGCUGUUCUUUUCAAUGUAUGGAUUUGACAUUUUCUGUCAUGUCAGUAGGCUGUUUAUUUAGAAAAGAGGAAAACAGGUUGCUGAGAGAAAUAAUUUAAGGACUGCCUGCCUUCUGUUUGCCUUCUCUUUCCAAACUGUCUUAAACUUGUGGAGGAUUCUGGAAGGCUGCGCCCAACAGAUUUUGAUCUCUAAUUUUGAGAACAAUCUUUUGUUUCAUAAAACAACACCUGAUAGAAAUUUGAGUGAAAAGUGGCUAAGAGUGAAGCUGUGGGCAAACAGUCAUCUGGAGAGACAGGGACGCAACAGUGUAGCCCCUGGGAGCAAAUGCAAGGGAGUGAACUGCAGGCCUGAGGGUCAGCCAGCAGAUCCAUGCAGGAGAUUCUCCUUCCUUGAAGGAGGCAAAGGGAAAGCCCCGCCUUAAGCCAGAGUCUACACAGUCUUUCCAUACUGCAGCUUAGUCCUCCCAGCUUAGCCUAAUGCUAUAUCUUUCAUUAUUUGCCCUAUGAUUUUACUUCAUAUUUUUUAAAGAUAUUUUGAAAAGGUAACUUUAAAGAAAAAAAAUAUAGUUGCAUUUUUGUUUGAUAAUUAGGCAAAGCAGGCAACAUCUGCCAUAUUUUUGUUUUAUAAAUAUUUAUUUUUCUAUCUCACGAAAUGGUCAUUUUAACUU